AUGCUAAAGCCCAUCGAGUCAGAGCUGCAGCCCUUCAACUUCGAGGAGGUGCUUGCAGCUGAUCGUGCUGCCGGCAGUCGCAAUAUCCACAUCGACGUCAGUCGCAACUCCAAAGGCGUCGCGGUACCAUCUCUCGAACGACUAAAGCGCAAAGUACAGAGGUGCCUCACCAACGACACCAAGUAUAGGCUUACCACAACCAAGUUAUACAUCAGUGGUGACUGGAACUACGCUGGGCCAGAAGAUACACUGGCUGAGAAUGAGAAGACGCUCGCAGAUGCGCAAGAGUGGAAGGAAGGUGUCGACGCUGUCCGCGAGCUCAUUCGCGCGAUGGUCAAGCUGAAGGAGCUAAUAUGGCUUGGUGGCCUCCCGUUCAUGGCGUCGGUCUUCGAAGAUCUGAAUAAGCGCAAUCUGACGAAGCUGGUAUUGGACCUCCACAACCAUGUCCGCGUCGUCGACGAAGCCCAUGACGGCCGCUACCUCAUCAAACUGCACAUCAAUCAGGAAGAUAUGAAGCCGUUACUCAAGCAGACCAGGCUGCAGGAACUUCGCUUGCGACGCUUGAGGGACUCUAUGCAGCUCAUCGCCUGGAAGACCGUCUACAUGAACGAGCUGCCGGGAGGCAUGCGCACGCUCGAGCUACAGAUGGAUGUUAUGCCUAUCACCCGCAAUGGUAAUAGCAAGUGGCACAAGGCUGCUGAUGUCCGCGGCUUGACGGUUGCGCAACCUGGGUUGCUCGAGAAGCCAUACAAGGGUCGUGAUGGGAAGGGCGGUCUCCACUGGAAAUUCGGUUACGGCGAGUAUCUCGACGGCGAUUGUAUUCGGAAGGCGAGGAUCGCGACUGGUCCAGAAGAACCAGUACCUCUUCAGCUACAGUACCUCUGGCUUGAUGGUUUCGUGAUUGACCAUCUUCCAUUCGAACACGAGCUGACAGAGAUCAACUUCCUUGGAUGUGGCGAGAAGUGCAUCGAUGCGGGCAUGCGAGCUCCUAGGACCCACGCGGAGCCAUUCCUCGCUUGGAGCAAGAGGGUUAACCAUACUGCCUGUCGUUUUGGCUUGCAGUGGCCAAACUGGACCGGGAUCUUCGAUUCCGAGGGCGAGCAGCGCGACGUGCAUGGCCAGGUCAUCUCUCAGGAAGCAGGUCUCUCGACGCCGUUCGCCGAAUACGCGCCUUCUCCACCACAACAGUUGCCACUGACGGAGAAGACUUUGAACCUGAAGGACAUCGGCGAUGCACUCAACAAUGUCUCUAAGCCUGACUACUUCAACAUCCCGUAUCCCACACCUCCUUUGAUGCCAGCUACGCCUCUCGGCGCCAUUUCGAAUCUGUCAGAACGCGGGUCUGAGGUCCCGACAGAGACAGCGCUCUCUUCGACCACAACAGAGAUCCCUACAAUCGAUGGCGUUGACGAUGUAGAAAGUUCAGGCCCAGGUUUGGACUCCGGGGCCAGCUCUCCUAUCCUGCAUGCCAACGGUGCCAGCGACUCUACGCCGGAGAUGUCCCCCAUGGUUUUCAGCUGUAGCAGCAGCUUCGGGAGCGAUGGCCCGGCUCUUGGUCACAGGGUAAGGAAAUCCCUGUCUGAUAACUACUGGGUUCUUGGUCCUUCUUAA